UGCCAACAUGCUUGAACCACACCGUCUCUGGGCCACAAGGUAGCAAGUCAUAUUUCUAUUAGAAACAAAAGGAGAUAGGACAAAGAACAUCGUUGGCACAGCGGGACAGCAUUAGAAGACAUGGAGGAUGCAAAACCUCAAUACACAUGCCAUCUGGAACGCAAGGUUCAGCAGAAGAAGGGACCAUUAAAGGUCAUUAGGACCAAACUGCGCCAUCAACUGUCUUGUUCGUUGCCCAAAGUGAAAAGCACAUUAAUAAACUUCUUCCCUGUCGUGCGCUGGCUGCCAAAAUACAAGAUAAAGGAAUAUGUGUGGGGUGACGUGAUGUCCGGGCUCAUAGUGGGAAUUAUUUUAGUGCCUCAAGCCAUCGCUUACUGUCUCCUUGCAGGCUUAGAGCCAGUUUACGGUUUGUACACAUCCUUUUUUGCCAAUAUGAUCUACUUCUUCUUGGGCACAUCAAGGCAUGUAUCUGUUGGUAUCUUCAGCCUCAUGAGUUUAAUGGUAGGACAGGUUGUGGACAGAGAAGUCUAUUUAGCAGGAUUUGAUUUGAGUGAUGACAGUAAGCAAAGCUCCUUGGGUGCUGGAUGGAACGGCACUGAAGACCACCAGGAUACUGCGGUCAACCUCACCAUGGGGGCCUUCAGCAUGGAGUGUGGAAAGGAGUGCUAUGCUAUCAGCAUUGCAACAGUUUUAACAUUCCUUGCUGGACUUUACCAGGUCCUGAUGGCUGUUUUCAGGCUUGGGUUUGUUUCAGUUUACCUCUCUGCUCCAAUGCUGGAUGGCUUCGCCACUGGUGCCUCAUGCACCAUCCUGACAGUCCAAGUGAAGUAUCUGGUGGGCCUGAAAAUCCCUCGUCACCACGGUUAUGGAACCGUUGUUGUGACUUGGAUCAACAUUUUCAAGAACAUACUUAUGACCAACGUUUGCGAUGUCAUUACAAGUGCAAUUUGUAUCACUGUCCUAGUAGUGGGCAAAGAGCUCCAGGAUCGGUAUAAGGACCGUCUGAAGAUACCUCUGCCUACAGAACUAGUAGUAGUGGCCUUAGCAACAGUGGUUUCCCACCUUGCUGAUCUCAACGGUCAGUACAACUCAAGCAUCUCAGGUGCCAUUCCGACUGGUUUCAUUCCCCCAAAGGUUCCGAAUUUCGAACUAUUACCAAGAGUAGCAAUUGAUGCCAUACCUUUGGCUGUGAUCAGUUUUGCCUUCACGGUCUCCUUGUCAGAGAUGUUUGCAAAAAAGAAUGGCUACACGGUCAGACCAAACCAGGAGAUGCUGGCAAUUGGUUUUUGUAACAUCAUCCCAUCAUUUUUCCACUGUUUCACCACAAGUGCUGCACUUGCCAAGACAAUGGUGAAAGACUCGACAGGUUGCCGAACGCAAGUUUCUAGCGUGGUGAGCGCUUUAGUUGUGCUCUUGGUCCUUUUGUUUUUAGCACCGUUCUUCUACUCCCUGCAGAAGUGUGUCCUUGCCUGCAUCAUUAUUGUCAGUCUGAGAGGCGCCCUGCGGAAAUUCAAAGACUUUCCCAGGCUUUGGCGCCUCAGCAAGAUUGAUGCGGUUGUCUGGAUGGUGACCAUGUGUUCAAGUGCUUUGAUCAGCGUAGAGAUCGGGCUGUUGAUUGGAGUAGUCUUCUCCAUGAUAUGUGUCGUGGCGCAAACCCAACAUCCCAAGGCUUCACUACUGGGCCAAAUCGAGAAUACUAAUCACUAUGAGGACAUGGACGACUAUGACAACCUUGUGAUCAUUCCAAGAGUAAAGAUUUUUCGCUUUCAGGCUCCACUUUACUAUGCAAACAAGGACUUUUUCUUAAAGUCUUUAUUCAAAGCAGUUGGACUCGAGCCAGUCCUUGAAAAAAGCAGGAGAAGAAAAAUAGAGAAAAGAGCUAAAAUGAGAACUGCAAAGCAGACUGAUAAAGGAAAUGGUGAUGUUAGUUUAAGGCUACUUCCAAGCGAAGUGGAUUUCCACACCAUAAUCCUUGACUGUUCUUCUGUCCCUUUCAUUGACACUACAGGUAUUAACACCUUGAAAGGCCUGAUAAAAGAGUACAAAGAAGUUGGUGUGAAUGUGAUCCUGGCAUGUUGCAACACAACAGUCAUAGAUUCCUUGAGACGAGGUUCUUUCUUCGGGUCUGAUGAUAAAGAAAUGCAUACACGGUCAUUCCACAACCUUCCUAGUGCAGUUUCUUUUGCCACAAGCGACAGUGCAGAAUCAGUUAACACUACAUCUGUGUAAGGGGAGUGCAACCUGAUUUAAUGUAUAUAUAUAUAUAUAUAUAUAUAUAUAUAUAUAUAUAUAUAUAUAUAUAUAUAUAUACCUACACACAAAUACACACCAAUAGACUACUAUUGUUGUUGUUUUUUUUAGAAAAGAAAAUGUUUUUGUACAUCAUAAAUAAUUAAAGGAGAUUGCUAUCUGACAGCAUUAAUAGUCCAAUUGUAAACUUAUCCUUAUCUACAAAUUUUUACUGAGUUUUUAUUUUUUAAUUUUCUCUUACUGUAAGCGAUGAUGCUAUUGUUACUGUAUGUACUCAUGCCACGUUCACAUCAUGUGGGAGACUGGUAAAAUGUCCCAUUGUUCUGACUUGAGAGCAUUCGUGCAUUGCCAAUUUGUUUACUCAGUGUAGUUUUUUAUUAUUAUUAUUAUCUAACAUUAGAUAACAUUCGCAUACGAUUGUGUUCAUGUUAAAUAAGUGAACAUCUUCCUACAGUUUAAUAGCCCAAAAGAGGCUGGUGCAAUUUACUGGCUGUAAUUCAUAAUGACAUUAAAUUAAAAUAAAAAAAUGUAAUUCCUUAUUUCAUUGGAUGUGUGGCAUGAUUAUGCAGUCCAUUGCCUCACUACUGGUUUGGGAAAGCUCCCCAAGCUUGGAAUUGCUACUCACAUUAACAGCUGUCAUUAAAGGUUCUCAGUAGGAAAUUGGGAAUUACAGUUUUUCUCAUAUGAUGUGAAUGCAGCAUUAACCAGCUCUUAUGAAUGUGACUAAUGUGAACCAAUUUUUUGUAUUAAUAAAUGGUACAGACUUUUUCUUA